ACCUUGGAAACCAUGGCCGGCGAGAAACAGCACACUGUCUUCUUCCAUCCCGACCUGGGCAUCGGUGGAGCUGAGCGUCUGGUCAUCGAUGCUGCUGUCGGGCUACAGAGCCGCGGGCACAGAGUCACCAUCUUCACGUCACAUUGCGACUCGCGACACUGCUUUGAUGAGGCCCGCGAUGGAACCCUCGACGUGCGCGUACGCGGAAACUCCAUUGUCCCUUCUACGAUCCUCGGCCGCUUCGCCAUUCUCUGUGCCAUACUGCGGCAGGUGCACCUGAUUUUGCAGAUUGCCCUCUUAUCCGACGAGCUCCAGCAGCUAGCACCAACUUCGUUCUUCUUCGACCAGCUCAGCGCCGGCAUACCGCUCCUUCGACUGCUGCAGCCCCGCCCGCGCAUCACCUUCUACUGCCACUUUCCCGACAAGUUGCUCGCCAAGAAGGGCGGGCUGCUAAAGACGCUCUACCGAAGUCCAUUUGACUGGCUCGAGAGCUGGAGCACGGGCUGCAGCGACACCAUCGUGGUGAAUAGCAAUUUUACUAAGCGCGUCUUCGGCGAGGCAUUUCCGGCCCUAAAGCACCGUCAGCCCGGCGUGGUUUACCCAUGCGUAGACACCAACGUGAAGGACUCAGUCGAGGAAAUCACGCCACUGUGGAAGAACAAGAAAGUCCUCCUCAGCAUCAACCGCUUCGAGAAGAAGAAGGACAUUGCGCUGGCUGUCAAAGCCUACGCAGGGUUGUCUUUCAAGGAACGUGAGAAUGUGCGGCUUGUCAUAGCAGGCGGAUACGAUCCCAGAGUGACAGAGAAUCUUAUAACGUAUACUGAGCUAUGUCAGCUAGUAGAUACGCUCAAGCUAAAGCAUGCAACUGCCCAAGACGUUAUUAGUGCCCAACGCAUACCCGAUGAUAUCUCCGUUCUAUUCCUCCACUCCAUUACAAACGCUGUCAAAGCCACCCUCUUGUCGACCUCCCGCCUCCUGGUUUACACGCCACGAAAUGAGCAUUUUGGUAUUGUGCCACUCGAGGCAAUGCUGGCAGGUACACCGGUAUUGGCAGCAAAUGAAGGUGGGCCCACUGAGACGGUCAUCAGCGGGCAGACUGGCUGGCUGAGGGACGUUGGGAAAGUGCAGGAUUGGACUGAAGUCAUGCGUAUUGCUUUGGAGGAUGGCGAUGGCGAACAGCGACUAAAGGAAAUGGGCAAGUGGGGCAUGGAAAGGGUGGUCUUGGAAUUCUCAAAAGAGAGAAUGGCCGAGAGACUAGAUUCCGAAAUCCAAGCAAUGAUGCGCAGGGAGACACGCCCACCAUUGCUGCCUUUUCCUGCGGUACUGGGGGCUGUAGGGUUGCUGGGGGCUGUAGCAGCGGGUAGCUUCUGGCUGGCAUUAAUGUGGGCAAAUAAGGAAGACUUCUAA